UGUAGCUACACUUGUGUUAGUGGGCUUAGGCGUGCCUUCUUAUAUUCCCAGUGCUACAAAAAAAGGAGCGACGUAAACAAAAGGGUUUACAUGGCAUGGGUUCCAGUGGUGCCGGUCGAUAACUGUCGUCUGUGCGGUAAACAAGUGGUGUUGAUUGUACUAACGUGCUGGGGUGGACACUGAGGCGGGACAGCGUGCGGGGACUGCCGCCGGGAUCGGACCGGGACUUCGGUGUGUGAGUGUAGACCCACACGUCUGGCCACCGUAUAGACCGGUGGUCAUUCAUCCUGGGCAACGACCGAUAGUGGGCGUCGACGGAGCGGCCAACGAGAGUCAUCACCGCCGCUCUCAUCCGUACGGACUACCGCCUGAGACUCCGACUCCGGCAGGACAAAAGUCAGGAUGAAGACGUCCGCGUCCUACACGCUUGUCUUACUGUGGACGCUAGCUGGAAACACCGCAACAGUGGAAUCGCAGAGCCAGAUUGGGCUGGCCCUACCGGACGAUGUGAACACCGUGGUCGGCGACCCGUCCGUCCUUCCCGCCGACUACUCCACGGAACUGCCCGUCAUUUCCAUAACCUGGAGCAAGUUGGAUAGUGAGAGCGAAAAGAGAAGAAACACUAUCAUGUCGUAUGACCCGAACACUGGGACCGUGAACGCCUUUGGUGAGUACAAGAACCGAGUGAGCCUCGCGGACAAGGCAUCUCUCCGGAUUGACUCCACCGACCUGUCUGAUGCCGGUACAUACGUGUUGUCUCUGCUGAUAGAGGACAUAGGCACUGAGGAGGGCUUCAUCACACUCAACGUCAUGGUUCCUCCAACGAUAGAAGUGGGUCCGUCUGACCCGUACGUGGCUGAGUGGGGUGAGACGGUGACCCUGACGUGUCUCGUCACGAACGCCAUCCCUCCCAUCACGUUCCUCCGCUGGGAGAAGGACGGCAUUCCCGUGGACGGCAUCGCCGAGCAGAGCAAGUACUCGGGCGGGAACCUGGACUCGCCGUCCCUGCUGAUCCGGCACGUGAUGCGGGGUGACGCCGGGAGGUACACGUGUAUCGCUAACCACCCUGUCAGACCGGCCGCAGCCAACAUCAGACUGGACGUUCUGUUCCCCGCCUCAAUAAUCAGCUUCACAGACUCGACCUCCGCCACCGAGGCAGACCCCAUCACUCUGCAGUGCGUGGCUGACGGCAACCCCCCUCCCAACAUCACCUGGGUCAAAGAUGGCGGGCGGCUCAAGUCGCCGCCCCGGUCCCAGCCCGUGUCCAAAGACGUCCGCGCCAGCUCCCUGGUGCUGCCCAGGGUCAGGCUGAACGACACGGGAGAGUACAAGUGUACAGCCUCCAACGGGAUCGGCAAGAGUGAAGCCAGGACUAUGCGACUCUCCAUUCGAGCCGCUACAAAGAAGCUGACUUCCGCCACCGUUGCCGUGAUUGUGGGGGCCACAGCGGGAGGUCUGUGGCUCGUCAUCUGUGUCCUCCUGGUGGUGUGGUUCAUCCGGAGGAGGAGAAGUCAGAAGGAGAAGAAGAAGUUCGCGUUCUACUACAACAUCGGACGGAGAGACCAGGGCAGGAUGGAGGGCAAGAUGGAGAUGGAGGAGGACAGGGAACCUCCGCCUUACGCGUCUUUGCCAGAGAAACCUACAAAUCAGAAGUCUGGGUAUGCAGGCAUUGAAACAAUGAGGAAGUCAGCAAGUCAGAAAUUCAAAGAGAGAAGAUACGCCAAAGCCCUGUAUGCCUACGGCCCGCGGGAAGAGAACGAACUCAGCCUCGAGCCGGAUGACGUCAUCGAGGUGCUGGAGGGGGAAGAUGGCGGCUGGUGCCUGGGUUACCUGAGGGGCAGGAUAGGCCUGUUCCCCUCCAACUACGUACAGUUCAUUCCCGCACGGCAAGUGAUGGCGGCGAAGGCAGGGGUGCACUGUAAGGAUAUUGAAGACGAGACGCCCUCCAAGCGAAGCAUCUGAAGAAAUGACAAGUAUAGAUGCUGUAGGGUACUUAACAUCCAUUCUAAAUGGAUGGGCGUUUGGAACGAACAGUUGCAGAGAUAACAGUACGAAGGGAUAAAAUUUUGGGCAGUUGUAAAAGUUUUAACGUAUGGUAUUUAGUACUUGUGCUACGUUUUUGCUUGAGGGUGAAAGUAUCCAACACAGGGGACGAUACUUGUUCUACAACCACAUGUACUUGUACAGAUAUGCUAUGACCAACCAGUGUAAAGCAAUGUUUUUGACUGUAAAAAAUAUUUAUGGCAUAUUCAUUCCUUCUGUUUGGUGAGAUUACACGUACCUUCUCAGUGAGCACUACCUGUACUGUGUGUCCUUUAGCCGUGGUGUCUAGUGGAUGGUGUCUUCGACCUUGACGUACCCUUGAGAGUCGUAAACCACCCUUGAUGGUACUUAUAUUUUGCCAAAUGUGUGUUCUCCAGGGCUGCGUUAACGUGGCAAUGGGACUUGGUUUCCCCUUUAUGGGCUAAUGCCUUUACCCCUAAAUAACCCACCACUUUAAUUAUUACUUUAGCGGAAUUUCUAAAUAUAUUGUGAGUUGUAGUUUCCUGGGCCGCCACCUUUCUUUCCGCUAAACUAAAAAUAGGAAUAAUUUGGUUAUGACAUUGCUGCCUUUAAAUAUAAAAUCAGAAUCAAAUUUUAGUCUUGUUGAUGAAAUGCAGACCUUACACAUACGGAAGAGGUUAGAAUGGCGCAGUAAUUUCAUGCUCAACAAAUUCUGAAUCAAACGCAACGGAACAUCAAUUAUUUCAAUCUUAUAUUAAUCUUUUUAGACUCACUUGAAUCAAUGAAGCAGAGCAGCUUUCCAAUGUCGAGCACGUUCCUCCAGGCACCGUGGCUAUGCAACUGGGUCUAUAGGUCUGCCCCUAAUAAAACAUAUCCUAUAAUAUAACUGGUACUCAGGCAAUAGUGAAUUGUCUAUACGUCCCAUAUCGCCACUAGGAGUAACAGAGAGACAAGCCCUAUGUAUAGUUGGGGAAAGCAGGAACACAAUGUUUGUUCAACAACCUUUCAGAGGGACAUUUGUACAUAGCUUUACACAAAUAUGAUACUGUUUUCUUUACUGGUUCUAAAUGCCGAUGUGAUCGUCUGUUCAAGUAUGGGCUUUAGUAUUAGAAAACACUGCUGUUGCAUUCGGACCCUAAGGCUUGUAUACAUAAUAUAAGGUAUGAAAGUAAAUGAAUGCUUGAAUGCGUAAAUAUUGCUCUUGUGAGGAUCAACCGAGGCCUGGUGCUUUUUGUGUUGUAUUAUAUACCACUCUAAUGUGUGAUGGGGAGAUUUUGCUGUUGUGAUGAAAUUAUUGGACUUAUACAGACCAUACACUACAAAUAGGGGCCGCAACUUGUUAAGAGCUAUACAGUAAUGGACUAUGAGUUCCAAAAGCAGUCCGUAUAGAUAGUGGACUGCAGGUGUUCAAGUUUGCAAUGAGAACAAGAAAUAGUGAGCCUGGUCAAUUUUAUCAGCCAAAUGCUUUGACAGAUUUUCUAAAGAGCAGCAUUUAGAUAAUCAGUAGGUUUUUUUAAU